CCGUUGCGGUAAACAAUUACAUGCAACAAAUGCAUCCAUGGUGUCUAUUGCUAUACAAUAUUUAUAUUUAUGAGUAUGGGGCAAAGACAUGCACAACGCAUCUGUUGAAAAUUUGGGGUUUGGAGCUAUCGAGUGAUGGCGGGAUCGGCUAGUAGUACGUAGACGGUGUAGCUAACAGACAUUGCCAAUGUACUGUGUCGUUGUUGAACUGAUACCGUGUAGCUUUGAAAGGAAGCACAGAUCGAAUGAUUACUUAACUUGUCGACUGUCUAGAGUGGAUUUGUGGAUGCCUUAUGACGACAAAGCGCAAACAUUGCAAUUAAUUAAGUGACAGCUGACUCAUCCUAUUACGUUAGGCAGGCAGAGCGCAUGCAGAUCUACUAGAAGGCUACAUUAGCCGUCUCUUUAGCUCAGUUUCUCAGCUAGCUGUCGAGGAGCUAUACUCGUUAGAGAGCGCAGUGAAAUUAUCCUUUUACUAUCUUCUUUUUUCUAACGUGUUUUGGUCACAAUGUCUACAUUGCCUGUGCUAAACAACGCUGACAUGUACCACCACUACUCGGAUGUACAAUUUCGAGAUGGUUGUUCAGUCAUUCACGAGAUGCUGAAACCAAAGCGUGGAGAGUCCAUUCUCGAUCUCGGCUGCGGUACCGGACGACUGACUAUGCAGUUGGCAUCUCUAGUUGGUGACUCUGGUCGUGUGGUCGGUGUUGAUCCUGACUCGUGCAGAAUCGCUGUAGCAAACGAGCAGCUAAAGAAGAUGGAUGAUAUCCCUGUAACGUUUCAGUUGGGUAGCAUUCGUGAAGCACUUCCGCUUGGUCCAUUUGAUGGAAUAUUUAGCAAUUACGUGUUCCACUGGUUUGAACGUGCCGAACGAGCAGAAAUGAUGCAUCAGAUGUAUGACAGUUUGAAACCAGGAGGACGACUUACGUUCGUGCUUGAAACCAAUCAGCCACAGCCCAAUGCCAUCAUUCGUGAUAUUUUCCGUCUGACUGAGCCAAACCUAGACGAAGAGUCUGCAUCUGGCAUGAAGAUGGACGUUCCUUCUGUGUGGCUGCAACACUGCAGUGAUGCCGGAUUUCUUGUCGAACUGUCAGAGGUGUUCAGGACAGAGAAGGCAGGGCCAAAUCUGGAUGCAAUACUUCAAUUUCUGAAAGCUUCCAUUCCCAAUUUCCAGCCCAUUAAGCUGACAGACGACGGUCUGCAUGAGUUGGAUAGCCGAUACAAAACAGGGAACGGCGACGAGGUUGCCUUUUCACUUACAGUAUUGAAAGUUUUGGCAAGAAAACCGCAGGAAUCUUAAGUCAAUUAACAAGUGUUAUAGCACAGUAACACGAAAAAACAAACUGACAUUUUAAAUGACUUUCAUUACCGUAACAGUAAUGACUGUCGUUGUAGAGUUAGCAGAAUGGAUGUUGAUAUAGAAUUAGUUAUUCGGUGUGUGGUGUGACUUAUCAAAUAUAUUCUUUCUGUUAGCAAUU